GUCAGUAAUAUAAAGGUGCGAGAAGCGAGAGGGCGUCCAGAUCAGCGAGAGGCGAGAGAGUGUCCUGAUCAGCUAGGGCGAUGUUUCUACAGGGAAUGGAGGCGGUUUUGGUCGCUGCUGUACUGGCCUACGCGUCAGCCAGUCCGGCGCUGCGGCAGAGCUCCUGUGGGGGUGAGGUGACCCUACAAAAUGGAGAAUCUAUCUACUUCACCUCGCCUAACUUCCCCUUCCCCUACCCCAACGACGUAAGCUGCCUGUACCUCGCCCAGUCUCCGCCGAAGACCGCCAUCACGAUGACCUGCGCCUCAUUCAACGUGGCCCCUGCGCGGGACUGCACGCUGGACGUAUUCUACGUCUCGCCAACCGGAGACCGCUUCAUGUCGGACGCUCGCUAUUUCUGCGGCUCCGGCGUUGUGGACGUUACAACGGAAGGCAACGUCUUCGCUGCGUAUUUCUUUUCUCGACCCAAAUUUUCUUACAACUUUUAUCAGGGAUUUCGUUGUCUCCUGACUGUAGUGCCUAAAGACCAGGGGCAGACGACCACCCUCGCGCCUCCGACGACCAUCGCUCCCGGCCCCAAGCCUACGACUACCUUCCCCGAGACUAGCCCGCCGGGCGACUGCGAGUGUGGGCGUCGCAGCGGUUCGAGGAUUGUGGGCGGGGAAGAAGCCACACCCAACGAGUGGCCAUGGCAAGCGGCCCUUCGCUUCCUUUCUGACGGCGAAGUCUUCUGCGGCGCGACCCUCGUGCAGAACAGCUGGUUGGUGACUGCCAGCCACUGCGUCGAGCAGUUCGACAAGAAAGACAUUUUCGUCAGCCUGGGCGACCACGUCUACAAUCAGAACGCGGACACGCAGUACGAGCAGCACAUAACCAUUCAAGAAGUAAUCAUGCACGAAAACUACGACCCGCUCACCGUCGACAACGACAUCGCUCUCCUCCGCCUGAGCGCCCCCGUCCAGUACAGCCCCGGCGUCGGCCCCGCCUGCCUGCCCUUCCAGUUCGCCGCGAAGGACUUCCAGGGGGAGAACGCGACUGUGACGGGCUGGGGCACCGACGUCUUCCAGGGCAGCGUCAACGAGGCGCUGCACGAGGUGGAGCUGCCCAUCAUCUCCGAAGCCACAUGCAGGGACUUCCUUCCGGGGGCCAUAACCAGCAACAUGAUGUGCACCUACGACCCCGGCCGCGACGCCUGCCAGGGAGAUUCGGGUGGACCGCUCGUGUGGGCGUCGCAGGGGCGGCACUACCUGGUGGGCGUGGUGUCCUGGGGGAGGUCAUGCGCUGAAGUAGGUCUGCCGGGAGUGUAUGCGAGGGUCACCAAUUACCUCGAGUGGAUAGAGGCAAAGACGGGCGGAGGAUUGUGCUAUCCCUGGCGGCGGAUCGACACUUGCUUCACACUGAGCUCGGCUUCAGAACGGAGAACACUGACGAUGAAGGGUCUGUGGUUGCUGGUGGCGGUGGCGGCCUGCGAAGCCUUCCCGGGGGCGCGGCAGUCUACAGGAUGUUCUGGGAGCAUCACCCUUCAGGCUGGAGCGAGCGUGCGGCUGACUUCCCCGAGUGGCUAUGGCACAAGCGGCGUGUCCUGCGUCUGGGAGGCCGUUUCUCCGGCCGGCACUACCAUGACGCUGUCUUGCCCCGAUUUCCGUGUGCUUUCCGAUGGGCAGUACUGCACCGACGUCUUCUACUUCUCUCCUUCCGGGUCUUAUUAUGAUUACAGAUAUUACUGCGGUUCCGGCACGUUGACUGUCUCCACCGACAGCAACGUGUUCAAAGCCGCUUUUUACGCCAGCGAAAAAGGCUCUGCCGUUUAUUCGUACUUCGACUGCGUGCUGAAGGUCGUCGCGAGUUCGUGCGAGUGCGGCUCGAAGGGCACUGCCAGGGUCGUGGGGGGACAGAGCGCCGACGUCGGCGAGUGGCCGUGGCAGGCGGCGCUGCGGCGGAAGCUGGCCUUCAAGGAAGUGUUCUGCGGCGCGACGCUCAUUCACCGGGAGUGGCUGGUGACCUCCGCCCACUGCGCCGUCGAGUAUCCCAAGGAGGAUCUCUACGUCACCCUUGGGGACCACCAGAAGGACCAAAAUGGCGAGACGCCCUUCGAGAGGAGUUUCGAGAUCGCCGAGCUGAUUGCUCACGAAAACUACGAUGCGAACACGGUCGACAACGACAUCGCUCUCAUUCGCUUGAGUACGGCGGCGUCCUACAGCCGAGGCGUGGGGCCGAUCUGCCUGCCCUUCCAGUUCGCCUCUCUGGACUUCCAGGGCGAGGCGGGCACCGUGACCGGCUGGGGCAGGACGGACUACCUGGGGUCACCGAGCAACAUGCUGCAGGAGGUGGAGAUGCCAAUCCUCACGACGGCCGAGUGCCAGCAGUACCUCAAGGACACAAUCACGGACAACAUGAUGUGCACCUACAGGGAGGGUCAGGAUGCCUGCCUGGGGGACUCCGGGGGCCCUCUCAGCUGGGCGAGCGGCGGGCGGUACUACCUGGUGGGCGUCGUGUCCUGGGGCAUGGGCUGUGCCAGGCCAGAGAGGCCGGGAGUCUAUGCCAAAGUAACCAACUACCUGACGUGGAUCCAGCAGAAAACGGGCGCUCAGUAUUGUUGAUGUAAAGCGUUUGUUUUCAAAGUCGAAAGGAAAAAGAACUCAAGUCAACGUUUAUUAUGUCAUUUAAUUUCUGUGUUUUGUUUUUUCUCUUUUCCUUGCUGAGUCUUCUUGUCCUUCUGACUCACCAGAGAAUGAAUUAUUAUUCAUCAGAACUGUCACUUUCAUCCAUGCGUUUUUACCAGCAUUAGUCAUGGUAAAAUCUGUUCGUAAGUGAGGAAUUAAUUUUAUUUGAUUUCAUUGCCUUGAAGAUAUUAUCUGUCAACUGAUGGAAGCAAAUAAAUGUUUUUUAGAGUGAA